AUGCCCUCUUCGUCGAGAAGGUCCCGCCCGACGGCCGACGACGCCGACGGAGAACAAAGGCCGCGGCAACGCCAGCGCCGCGAUGACCCAGAAAGCGAUGUUGACGAGGAAGAGGAAGCCGAAGAUGCAGAAGACGCCGAGGAUGGGGACCAGGUGGAGUCGGCAGACGGGCAGUUGAUCAAGAAGCUUGUCAGAUACGCCCUGGCUUGCGAUUUUGCUCGAGCACCAAUACGGAGGGAUGGCAUCAAGGAGAAAGUUCUGGGCGACCGCAGUCGGUCAUUUAGGAGGGUGUUCGACGGCGCGCAGAAGACCCUCCGCGCCGUGUUCGGCAUGGAAAUGGUCGAGCUUCCCGUGAGGGAUAAGCUGACCAAGGAGGAGAAGCGUAAAGCCGCAAAGUCCAAGUCCAAGUCCUCGAACUCCAACAGCUACAUCCUCGUGUCUGUGCUCCCCGAUGCCUACAAGACCUCGAAGAUCAUUGCGCCCUCCAAAUUCCUGAGCGCGGAAGAUGAGGCUGCCUAUGUGGCCUUUUACACGGUGCUCGUCUCGCUAAUCCGGCUCAACGGCGGCGAGAUGAGCGAUUCGAGACUGAAGCGCUACCUGCGGCGGCUCAAUGCGGAGACGAACUCCUUCCACAGUACGAAGACGGAAGACACACUCUCACGGCUGCAGAGGCAAGGCUAUCUGAUCAAGAACAUCGACAAGGAGGCCCGACAACACGGCGACGAGCAGGAGGCUACUACAUGGUACGUGGGUCCGCGGGGCAAGAUCGAAGUGGGCGACGAGGUCGUGGCCGGGGUGGUAAGGGAGGUCUGGGGCCAGCAAGACGACGACGAGCUCGAGUCCAAGUUGCAAAACAGCCUGCAGAUCCAAGAAAAGAAGGUGUCUGUACAGAACGGGGAUGCUGUGGGUGACGGUGCCUCGAAUGGUGGCAACGAGAGCGCUUCUGUGGACAACGGCGAGGGCCCAAGUAGGAGGAGAUCAGGGCGGCGGCGGCAAGUUGAGGAAGACCAGGACGAGGAAGAGUGA